AUGACGACGACGACGACGACGACACUCAAUGGACAUGACCACACCAACGGCGUCGUCCACGAAAAACCAGAGACUAUCGACGAGACACAAGACUUCUACCAGUCCCUCCCGUCCAAACACGUCGAGCCCCUCUGGCUCAAACUCGACAAGUUCGUGCCGCCCAGCCCCAACCCGGCCGCGACGCCGGCGAUCUGGCGCUACCGAGAAAUCCUGCCCUCCCUGAUGGCGGCCGGACGUAUCGUGCCCGUGGAGGAGGCCGAGCGACGCGUGCUGAUGCUGGUCAACCCGAGCAUGAGCGCGCCGCACACGACCGACACCAUAUACGGCGGGCUCCAACUGGUGUUGCCGGGCGAGGUGGCGCCCGCGCACCGCCACUCGGCGUUCGCGCUGCGGUUCAUCAUCGAGGACGGCAACCGGGGGGGCUACACGGCGGUCGAGGGCGAGAAGAUCGCCAUGCGGCGCGCCGACGUCAUCCUCACGCCCAGCUGGCAGUGGCACGACCACGGCAACGAAGCCGGGGACGACAGCCCCGUCAUCUGGCUUGACGGGCUCGACCUGCCCCUGUUCGGCACGCUCAAGCUCAACUUUGGCAACGCCUACCCGGAACCGCGCUACCCGAGCACGCCCGUCGACCGCUGCACGUCCCAGUUCCCCUGGCAGCCGGUGGAAGACGCCCUGACCGCCGCGGGCGGCGACUACGCGCGCUACGACUACAGGCACGCGGACGGGUCGCACCUGUCGCGCACGCUGUCGGUGCAGGCGGAGCGGAUCGCGCCGGGGGCCUCGUCGCCCGUGAGCCAGGAGACGGCGUCGUUCAUGUACCACGUUGUGGACGGGGAGGGGUUCUCGACCAUCCACGCCCCCGGGGACGACGAGAAGGGUGCACCGGCGCACAGGAUCGAAUGGUCUUCCAAGGACACGUUCGUCGUGCCGGCCUGGAGCAAGGUCUCGCACACCAAUACCUCCUCCUCACGGCAGGAGGGUGGUGGCGGCAAGGCAGCGUUCCUGGUGGCCAUCAACGACCGGCCCAUGGUGGAGGCGCUGGGCUUGAUGAGGAACGCGGCGACGUUUACGGGGCGAGUUGACUAG